AAUUGAGAAGUGAAAAAAAGAAAAAAACCAGAACUACCGCCGCCCCCUCCUCUGAGUCCUCUCCCUCUCACAAGUACCGCCGUCCGCCUCACUCCUCCCGCCUGUCCGUCCCCUCUCCCUCUCUCGUGGUCUCACCCUUUCUCUCCGUCUCAACCUGGUUAUGAAAUAUCAUUGGUGAAGUCUAGAUAUUCCUACAGAGCUUGAACAGGCCUCUCCCAAGUCCCAACUCCAGAGUUUCUAGGCACCCAACAACGCUUUGAGCGGGCACACAAAAUAGAGCUUUUCAAAAAUCGACCUGGGAAAAAUACUAAGGCUUGUCAAUCUAAACGGCGUCGUUCCCUUUCCCUGCUCAAGCUCUCUCUCGCUUCCAAGAAAGAAAGGCGGCCGCUUCAAUACCAAGAGAGUUGCUUAUUCUGUUGAGGUAUACAAAGGAUGUCUUCAAAGAUUGCACGAAUUGACCUUGUGAGUUCACAUCCUGAAGUUUAUGAACCAUGCGAUGAUUCAUUUGCGCUUGUUGAUGCACUGCUAUCUGAUAGAACCAACCUGUUAGAUUUCCAUCCAAGAUUGUGUAUGGAAGUUGGUUGUGGCAGUGGUUAUGUUAUCACUUCUCUGGCUCUUAUGCUAGGACAGGAGACCACAGGGGUUCACUAUAUCGCCACAGAUAUCAAUCCUCAUGCAUUGCAGGUCACCAGUGAGACACUCAAAGCACAUGGGGUUCAUGCUGAAUUGAUACAAGCUGACAUUGCAUCAGGAUUAGAAAAGCGUAUGGCAGGAUUAGUUGAUGUGAUUGUCGUCAAUCCACCCUAUGUGCCAACCCCGGAAGAUGAGGUGGGUCAAGAAGGAAUCGCUUCCACUUGGGCUGGAGGGGAGAAUGGGAGGAGAGUGAUUGAUAGAAUUCUGCCUGUUGCUGAUAGACUCUUGUCGCAUAAAGGCUGGUUGUACAUGCUCUUUCUUACCUCAAACAAUCCGUCGGAGAUAUGCCUUCAAAUGAAAGAUAAGGGUUUUUCUGCUAGAAUUAUUGUUCAGAGAGCAACAGAAGAAGAAAAUCUCCUUGUUAUCAAGUUCUGGAGAGACUCUCCCGUUCAAGCAGAUACAAAUGGAAUGGUGACAACAACCAAGACGGAACCUUUCAUGGCAAUGGGAUCACUGGGUUCUCUUUUUUCUCGAUUGUCGUUUUGGAGAAGUGACAAUAGUAGCUGUUGAAGAGAAAUAUAAAAGAUGUCUGUACAUUCAUUUUUGGAUCAAGGAAUUGAUUUCUUGCAGUUCUGUUUGAUAUGGUUUUUUGAGUUCGGUUGAUGCUAACUGCACUGAAUUUUACCAUGU